AGGUCCCUAAAGGUAACAUCACAUUUGAUGAUAGUGAACAGAUGCUUUCUUUGAGGCCAAACGUGUGCCCACUUGAUUCUGUAGACUAAAAUCCAUAGCGUGCUUUGAAGGUAUUCAACAUUCUGAUGUAUACCAUAUGCACAUGUUUAACGGAACCAUUUUUUUAUGGAACAUGGUCAUGGAUGAAUUCAUAAGGGCCGAAAAGAAGCACUGGAGCCUGCAACGCAGCUCGCAAGCUGUGUGUACCAAAACCCGAGAGUGAUGCUGGUUUUAUCGGGGGGUUUUCGACAAAGGGUGGAUUUUAUCCUUACCAAGGCAUGACAUGGCAACUGCCAGAACAGUCAUCCCUGUUGAGCACUGUAAAAGAAAAUUUGAACUUCCAGCGCAAGCGGAGCAAUGGCCUCAAAAUAACAGGUUCAAGUCUCUGGAGGUUAGCCCUGCUGCAAGCAAAGCCAUGGCUUCCAAACAGAUGGUGCAUAUGAAUCAUGGACAAGGCGAAACUAGCUACGCUCACAACUCCAGUUUUCAGAGUGCUGAGCAGAACAGGAUGAAGCCCCUGAUAGAAGCAGCGAUCGUCGAAUUAUGCAGCAACACCACCACCAUGUCCCACGGGAAGAUGGUGAUUGCUGACUUGGGCUGCUCCUGUGGCCCAAAUGCGGUAGCACUGGUGUCCAUCGCCCUCGAGGCCACCCACAGCCACUUUCUUUGGUUGCGGCAGCCACCUCCGGAAGUCUCUGUACUCCUCAAUGAUCUCCCAUACAAUGACUUCAACGCGGUGGUGAAAAGCCUGGUUGCGGUCCGUCAAAUCGGCGAGCCUCUUGUCGUAACUGGUGCUGUGCCAGGGUCAUUCAAUGAGAGGCUCUUCCUUAGUGCCUCCGUGCAUCUUUUCUGUUCAUCCAACAGUCUUUAUUGGCUCUCGAAGGCUCCUGAAGAUUUGAGGAUAAACCAGAUCCCGGCGUAUGACAUUGAUGAGAAUGCCAGGCGUGAAAGACUCCCAGUGGUCGCUGGAGCUUAUGCACAGCAAUUCAGGAAAGAUUUCACGCUUUUCCUGCAGCUGAGAGCCAAAGAAUUGGUCCCGGAAGGCCGGAUGGUUGUUUCGCUCCAGGGGAGGCGUUCUGAUGAGCCCGUCACCGAGAGCUCUCUCAUCUGGGGAACUGCAGCUCAGAUUUUAGGCACCAUGGCCUCAGAGGGUGUGAUUGACAAAGAAAAACUUGAUUCUUUGUACAUACCGGUGCAUGGACCUUCCGACGAAGAGCUGAGAGAGAUCAUCCAAGAAGAGGGCUCCUUCUCAAUCACAGAGAUGCGGGUGCACGACCCUAUAAGCGGCAUGGACCGCGCGCUCCUCACCCCAAACAGGCUGGUGAACAGUCUGAGAGCUGCUUUCGAGCCAAUAAUAGUCCAGCAUUUUGGAUCGCCUGGAGAGAUCAUGGAUGAAUUCGUGAGGACCGGCGAGAAGCACUUGAGCCUGCAGCGCAGGUCACAGGUCAAGCACGCCAGAAACCCGAGAGUUAUGCUGGUUGUAUCACUCACCAAGGCAUGACAUGGCAAUUGACGUGCUGCUGCUGCUAGUCUGUAUCCCUCACCAAUUUGUGUCAUGCCUGUGAAAUUCAACGUCGAACUUAACCGGAUUUGUGAGAGACGGACAAGGCAAAUAUCUGCUGAAAUUGCAUUGUGAGACAUAUACUUUGCUGAAUUGAGUGAUAUUGAAGUUCUGCAAAGGUACAUACAUGCUAUUA